AAAUUAUUUAUAGUUUUAAAAUUAAUUUAGUCGAUGAUUUAAUAGCAAUUUUUAACAUAUUUUUGUGGUACAAUGUAAAUCAAAUGUUGUUUAAUUGUUUUAUGUAAAAAUAUUUAUGAAAAGUGAUUAAUUAACAGCGGAAAAAAGUGUAUAAAAUUUUGCAAAAAAAAUAUGUAAUGCAAGUUUUUAUUGGCGGGCUUUUGUUGUGUCGUUUUAUACAAAGAAAACAAAAGCAAAAAAGAGAUGAAAAUAAAAAAUAAUAUUAAUAUCAUGGUAGAGUGCAGGUGGUAUGAGUUAGGAGUAUGAGUUAAAACAUCUGUAAGUUAUUUUUGUUGUUGUUUUCAAAAAUGUAAAUAAAAGUAAAUAACGUGUUAAAAGGCGAGUUAUUCAUGACAGGGACGAUGAAUCCUGUACAAUUGUACUUUUUUAAGUAAAAUUUGUAUUAAAAAGUCCAGCGAAUGAUGUAAAUCCAACUCUAUUUUAAUCAGUAAUUUAAGUCUUUCAAGGAUACAGACAACAAGCAAGUGUUUUUUGGUUCUCUUGUUUUGGGGGGGUUAAAAUAAAUAGAACCUUGAAGAAAAUGCCUUUAAACAGUAAAACGAAAAAAGAUGCUGAGAAAAAGUGUUCUAGCUGGUGGAGUUGUUUACAUGCGGCCAUAGAUGAUACAUUUUGGGAGUAUACCAGACGUACGAGAGUAAGUGGUAUCUGGUUACUGCGGAGACAUCGUACAGAGGGUAUAUCGAGAUGGUGCUGGUCUUCAGUGAUGAUUAUUUUAUUCCUAUGUGGAGUUUAUUUAUCCCUGCAGCUGUGGUUGAAGUUCUAUUCUUAUCCUAUAUUGAAUACUAUAUCAAAUGAUUUACCCAUUACCGAUGUGGCCUUUCCGGGGGUGACUAUUUGUUCACCCAAAGUGGUGAAUAUGGAGCGUGUUAGGCGUUAUAUACGAACACUAGAUAUACCCGACAAAUAUAAUAUCGAGGAAGUGGCCGCUGGUUUUGAAUAUCUCAAUGCCUUCACCGAUCAGGGCUGGACGGCGCCCAAUAACAAUAAUACUGCCUAUGAAACUACCGAUGCUGUUUUGCGCCUCAAUAAUGUUACUCUCUAUGAGGCCGCCAUGCAGGUCUGUGCCAGUUGUGAUGAUUUUGUUAAGCGCUGCUUUUGGGGCGGUCAUGAAUUCCCCUGUCGUCAAAAUCAUGAAUAUUUAUCUUUUAUACCCACCACUUCUUAUCUGGGACCAUGUUGUUCGUUCAACUAUAAUCCUCGUAAUCAGUCCUAUGUACCCUUUUCCUCUAAUAUUUUCGGGGUCGAUGGUGGUCUUAUGUUCAUUGGAGUCGAGGGUUCGGAACGUAAUCUUUCUACGGGUUUAAUCGUGUUGGUCCAUCAUCCCAUGGAUUUUGUUACCGAGUCCACCACCUCAGUUACCAUUACCUCAAAUUCGGAAAGUUUUGUUGAGAUUUCUCCCACCGUGCAAAGCUCCUCGAAGGAGGUCUUAGAGUUAUCCGAACGUAAGCGUGAUUGUUUAAUUUCAGACGAUGUAGCUUUAAGUAGUUAUCGUCAGGCCUCCUGUCUGGUGGCCUGUCAAAGUCAACUCAUUAUGCAGAAAUGUAAAUGUCAACCUUAUCAUUUGCCCAAUGGCAAGGCAGAGUAUGAGUGUAAACUUAACGAUUCCAUGUGUUAUUCGGAUGAGUAUGACACUUUUAAAAGCGCCAAAUGUGAUCAAUGUCUGCCCAAUUGUUAUGAUGUUACUUAUUCGACUUUGGCCUAUAAAACGGAUCUGUUGCUGCAUAAUUAUUCUAUUAGUUCUUUGUAUUCCUAUACAAACUUUACUAAGGACUCAUUUAUUGUCCGGGUUUAUUUGGCCAAACAAGUAGUACCCGCCAUUCAUAAGGUCACCGUCAUGUCUUGGAUUGGUUUGUUGUCUGACUUAGGUGGCGUUUUCAAUCUUUGUCUGGGCCUCAGCAUGGUUUCGGUGGUGGAAUUUUUCUACUAUUGUACUUAUCGUUUGGCCGUAAACUUUAAAAUGCGCAAAGUUUUAAUGCAAUAAAAGGAUC